AAAAAAAAAAAAAAAACUGAGAUUAAAGGAAGAAAAUUUGAUUGGAAAUAGAUAAGGAAUAACGAAUUGUGGCGCGUUUCAGAAAUGGCGCUGGCACUACCCUCAUUCUCCUCUUUCAACACCAACCGCUUCAUUGUUCGUUCCAAUUCCGAUUCUUAUAACUCUGACGGAAUCCAACGCCGUUGGAUUGAAGCACCAUUCGAUCGUUGUUCCCUCGCAUCUCAACACAGAUUCACCGUAGCGUCGUAUAACAUACUUGCAGAUCGAAAUGCUUCUCAACACGCUGAUUUAUAUGUUAACAUUCCUUCUCGUUACAUCAAUUGGGAUCGUCGUCAAAAAAUUCUCUCCGACGAACUCUUUCAAUGGAAUCCUGAUAUUAUCUGUUUACAAGAGGUGGACAAGUAUUUUGAACUCUCCAAUAUUUUGGUUAAAGCCGGAUAUGCAGGAUCUUAUAAGAGACGCACCGGAGAUACAUCUGACGGUUGUGCAAUGUUUUGGAAAGCUGAUAAGUUCCAGGUAUUAGAUGAAGAGAGUAUUCAAUAUAAGGACAUUGGUCUUCGUGAUAAUGUUGCUCAACUUCUAGUUUUUGAGAUGCAUGGAUCUGACUCAAGAAGACUAGUGGUUGGUAACAUCCACAUACUUUAUAACCCAAACAGGGGAGAAGUUAAAUUAGGCCAAAUUCGUUUUCUCUCAUCAAAAGCACAGACCCUUUCAGAGAAAUGGGGUAAUGCACCUGUAAUCCUAGCUGGUGAUUUUAAUAGUACUCCUGAGAGUGGAAUAUACAAGUUUUUGUCAUCAUCUGAGCUUAAUAUCAAGCUAUAUGACAGAAAGGAGUUAUCUGGACAGAAACGAUGUCGUCCUGCUCAAGUUUUAGGCGAGAAAAAAGAAACAGUUGGUCCAUUUAAUUUACUCGAUGGAUUGUUGGACUGCUGGACAGAUGAAGAGGUGAAAACUGCAACGGGUGAUUCUAAGUGUCACUUGGCUGUGCAUCCAUUGAAGUUGAAUAGUUCGUAUGCCACAGUCAAUGGUUCAGCUAGUACACGGGGAUUCAAUGGUGAACCCUUGGCAACUUCCUAUCACUCAAAGUUUCUCGGUACUGUAGAUUACUUAUGGUACUCUGAUGGUAUUUUACCUACAAGAGUUCUUGAUACUGUUUCAAUUAGCGAUCUACUGAGGGUAGGCGGUCUCCCAUGCAAGAAAGUAGGAAGCGACCAUUUGGCCUUGGUGUCUGAAUUUUCCUUUUCAGUUGCUCAUAAUAAAUCUACAGACAUAGAUGCAGCAACAGCAUCACCUAGAGUAGAUAUUGAAGAGCAUGACCAUCUGCAGUCUUAGGAAAACAGCUCAACAAUUAUGUUAGGAACCAAUUUUUUCCCUUCCCGUAUUUACUUAUACGGUUUGGAUUAUGUACAAUGUACUUGGCUCAAAAUACAUUCAAGUGAGUUGUAAUUUAGAUAAAGGUUGAAGUUUAUUACUGAGAGAUAAAAGGUACAAAUGGGAGUGUCCAUUAAAUGGAGAUGUUUCUAAUUCAUGCUAAAAUGUGCAAGAAUCUGACUUGAAUGGCACAAAGCUCAACUCCCUUAAUGUGAUAAAACCAAAGUGAAUUGAAUA